AUGGCUUCUAGCAAUGAAGUAUAUGGCCUAUUUCCAAACGAAAACAACAUCCAAGUUACAGACUCUCAUUCACAGGGGCAAGAUACCUCUUCCAGCAUUGUUAAGAAUGAUACCGACCAUACAACAAGUAUAUCUGAUAGUAUAGACACUGGAAUCUUAAAAUGUAUUAUUGAAGAACAAGGAUGGAAUGACGCUGAGUUAUAUAGAGGUGGGAUUCAAAACCAACGAUUCUUUUUGACGGAUAGAUAUACUAAAAAGAAACAUCUGACUAUAAACGACAUGAUUAAUUCAGAAGAGGAACAAACCUACCAAGAACCCAUUCAAGAUUUUGAAACUUAUAACAAACGUGUUCAAAGAGAAUAUGAACUCAGGGAAAGGAUGGAUGAAUUAUUCCGUCAGACUACUAAAAAUGGWGUACAUAUUUUAAACGAAGAUUCGCUAAACCAACAGUAUUCACCAAUGGGGCCUAUUAAUGAUUGUCAGCCGCCCGAUAGGUACUCUAGAAUGAAACGUAUGACUUCGACCUUCUUCAAAAGAAAUCUUAAUUUCGGCGGAGAAUUGAAAAGAAGAGGUGAUAACGUCAACGUUGUCGAUCAUGUCAAGGGCAACAGUUCUAUAUCGACUUCCGGUACCGACGUAAUCGAUAAUACAAGCUACAGAAAUAUUGCCAUCGACGAAAAUGUAGACAUGGCCUAUAAAGAACAUGCUAUUGACGAAUUUAAUGUGCAAGGUUUAUCUGGUAAUGAAUCUACUGUAGAAGGUGGGUCAUUACUGCACGACAUUGAAAAAGUAUUUAAUAGGUCUAGAGCAACUAGAAGAUACCACGUCCAACGGAAAUUGAAAGUGCGGCAUAUCCAAAUGCUUUCUAUUGGGGCAUGCUUCAGCGUCGGGUUGUUCCUGACAUCAGGGAAAGCAUUCUCUAUCGCUGGACCAUUUGGUACGUUACUUGGGUUUGGACUUACUGGUAGUAUUAUUUUAGCAACUUUGCUGUCAUUUACAGAACUAUCUACCCUUAUCCCUGUAUCAUCCGGAUUCUCUGGAUUAGCUUCUAGAUUUGUAGAGGAUGCUUUUGGUUUUGCAUUGGGUUGGACAUACUGGAUUUCCUGCAUGCUUGCCCUUCCCGCCCAAGUUUCUUCAAGUACGUUCUACCUCAGUUAUUAUAAUGAUGUAAACAUAUCCAAGGGAACAACGGCAGGGUUUAUUACGCUGUUUUCAGCGUUUAGCAUUGUGGUAAAUUUAUUAGACGUUAGCAUGUUGGGUGAAAUUGUUUAUGUCACCGGUAUCAGCAAAGUAAUAGUUGCGAUUUUAAUGGUUUUCACAAUGGUGAUACUAAAUGCUGGGCAUGGAAACGACGUUAAUGAAAGAGUUGGCUUUAGGUAUUGGGAUAGUUCCAAAUCUAUAAAAAACAUGACUUACGGAUUAUAUCGUCCUACCUUUGAUUUGGCAGAUGCUGGAGAAGGAAGCAUAAAAGGCAUUCCUGGGCCCAAGGGGCGGUUUUUAGCUACAGCUUCGGUAAUGUUGAUUUCGACAUUUGCAUUUAGCGGUGUUGAAAUGACGUUUUUGGCCAGUGGAGAAGCAAUAAACCCAAGAAAAACAAUCCCUUCUGCUACCAAGAGAACGUUUUCCAUUGUAUUGAUAUCUUACAUGUUUUUGAUUUUUUCAGUCGGUAUAAAUAUAUACAGCGGAGACCCAAGAUUACUGUCAUAUUUUCCUGGUGUUUCCGAAAAGAGGUAUGAAGCAAUUGUUAAAGGUAUAGGGAUGGACUGGCGACUUAGGACCAAUUGUCACGGUGGUGUGGAUUAUAGACAAAUUUCAGUUGGAACAGGUUACUCUAGUCCCUGGGUGGUUGCACUGCAGAAUUUCGGAUUGUGUACGUUCGCAUCCGCUUUCAACGCAAUAUUAAUUGUUUUUACCGCCACUGCGGGUAUACCGUCGUUAUUUAGUUCUUCACGAACAUUAUACGCCAUGUCCGUGCAACGAAAGGCACCAUCCGUUUUUGAAAUUUGCGAUAAGAGAGGUGUACCGUAUGUAUCUGUGAUAUUCUCUUCCUUAUCUUCGGUCAUUGCCUAUAUUGCAGUCGAUCAAACCGUCAUUGAAAAUUUUGAUGUCUUGGCCAAUGUUUCUAGCGCCAGUACAUCUAUUAUAUGGAUGGGAUUAAAUCUUUCGUUUUUACGAUUCUAUUACGCUCUAAAACAGAGAAAGGACAUCAUAUCAAGAAAUGAUUCAUCGUACCCGUAUAAAUCUCCGCUCCAACCCUAUUUAGCGAUUUAUGGUCUAAUUGGCUGUUCAUUAUUCGUUAUUUUCAUGGGAUAUCCUAAUUUCAUACACCGUUUUUGGAGCACCAAAGCCUUUUUUUCAGCAUAUGGAGGACUGAUGUUUUUCUGUGUCAGUUACAUAACAUAUAAAAUAUUUGGAACCUCAAAGAUCCAAAGGCUAGAUCAAUUGGAUAUGGAUAGCGGGAGGAGAGAAAUGGACAGAACGGUCUGGACCGAACACAGUCAAUAUUUAGGAACGUAUCGGGAGAGAAUGAAGAAACUGCUAACAUGGCUGGUCUAG